UGUACUGUGGAAGAAAAUGUCCAAUCAAACCACUGUUUCUGAGUUCCUUCUCCUGGGAUUCUCUGAUGUUCGGGAGCUGCAGAUUUUAUACUUUGUGGUGUUCCUGGUGAUUUACCUGGUGGCCCUGAUAGGGAAUCUUCUCAUCAUCACAGCCAUAGCCCUUGACCACCAUCUUCAUACCCCCAUGUACUUCUUCCUGGUGAACCUGUCCAUCCUAGACCUCAGCUCCAUCUCUGUCACCAUCCCCAAAUCUAUGGCCAAUUCCCUCAUGAACACCAGGUACAUUUCUUAUUCUGGAUGCAUCACACAAGUCUUUCUCCUUAUCGUCUUUAUUUCAGCGGAUUAUGCAUUAUUGACUGUCAUGGCAUACGACCGACACAUCGCCAUCUGCCAACCCCUGCACUACGAGAGAGUGAUGAACAGGAGAGCUUGUGUCCAAAUGGCAGCCAGUGCCUGGAUCAGUGGUAUUCUUUACUCUGCCCUGCACACUGGGAGCACAUUUGUGAUAUCUUUCUGUGGAGGGAACGUGGAUCAGUUCUUCUGUGAAAUCCCUCAGCUCCUCAAGCUCGCCUGCUCUGACUCAGACCACAGUGAAACUGGGGCUAUUGUCUUCAGUGCAUGCUUAGCCUUAAGCUGCUUUGUUUUCAUAAUUGUGUCAUAUAUUCACAUCUUCAAAGCAGUGCUAAGAAUCCCCUCUGAGCAGGGCCGUCGUAAAGCCUUCUCCACCUGUCUUCCUCACCUCACUGUGGUCUCCUUGUUUAUUUUCACUGGGACUGUUGCCUACCUGAAACCCACCUCCAUCUCAGCGUCAGGUCUGGAUCUCUUGGUGGGUGCUCUCUAUUCCGUGGUGCCGCCAAUGAUGAAUCCGAUCAUCUACAGCAUGAGAAACAGGGAGGUGAAAGGUUCAUUGAGUAAACUGAUAGGUUGGAGGUUAUUCAGCAAGAAUAAAAUGUCCAUAUUUCUCCAUUGAUAGCAAUUUCAUUCUGACUUUCCUUAUACAUAUAAUCAGCU